CAUACAAUACCCAUGUUUUUUUAGAAGACGUUGACGCAGCGGCUUGCGAUAAAAAAAAAACUGAAUAUCAAAAUAAACAAAAAGAUGGUGGAAAAUUAACUAAGCUGACGCUGCGAUUAUUUUCGCCAAGGUUUUCAGCGUCGUCUGUGACGCUACAAAAAGUAGCGGCAGUUAGAAUGAUCUGCGGCUAUUUUUGAUAGGCGAAAGCGUCGGCAGCAGCGUUAUUCUCGAUAUGCGUGAACAAGAAACAAUUAUAAAUUUGGCCGCAAGCCGUGGACGCUGCGUCUUCUAAAAGAACAGGGGUAUUAAUAUUGACAUCCCAAACUUUACCUCUGAGAUCUUCAUUCAACCCGAAUCUCGACCAAACGUAGAGUCAUUGUCCUAAUGUAAAGGGAAACUCUUGUCUCUUAUUCUUCUUUUUUCCCACUUUGUAGAUAUUUUCAAUCAAAACGCUGUCCAUUUACUUAAGAUGAGGAACUAUGGAUCGGGUUAUGAUUGACCUGACCACCCAUUAACCUCUUGUCCAAAAUGAAUCAACUUUUUUUUUAUUAUCUGAUGAUUGAAAUUAAACAUCAAAGAUUUAAGAGUUCAUUACACACAAUCAUCUCAGCCUAUACUAGGAUGGAGUGUUCAUCAACCCAAAACUACCAAAAAAAUUUAAAAACACUAAAGCCUGAUAGAUAUUUCUAAAUGAAUCAUUUCUUGUAUCGCCCAUGUUCUAAUUAUGGAGAACUAGAUGAAAUAUAGUAUUUGUUUUAUGAUUUCUGUGAGAUUAGUCGGUUGACCUCGGUUAUAAAAAAAAUUGUUUUAGGAACCAAAAAAUAUUAGAUGUUUCUAAAUUAGAUGUGAGAGGGGGGCGUACAUUUCAUGCGGCACGAAACAGAAUGACAAAAUGCAAGGAGUCAAAAAAAAACAUUGAAACAACAAACCAAGAAAAUAGAAAGAUUAGAUAAAACAAAUAAAGUGUGGGGGAGCCCAUAUCAUAAUGUUAGGAGGACCAAUACGAAGAGGCCAUAAUAAAUUAUUUGAAAAUAAACGAGACAAUUAAGACACUUACCAAAUCGAAACUGCUCUUUUUGUCAUACCAUUAACUUGGCUUUGAAGCCCCUCUCUUUGCUUCUUCAUCUUCCUUCCUUCAUUCCCUCUCUGUGCCUUUUAGAUUCUCUAAACUCAUUUCCCCCCACUCUCUCCUAACCCAAAUCAUUCUUGCUCUCUGUGCUGGACACGAGUGAGUCUUCAGAUGGGAUCCUGUGUCUCCUCUUCUCACAACACCAUCAAGACCUCCUCUGAUUCCGCCGUAAAGCUUUCGGCCCUAAUCUCUGAACCUGACACGACAUCCCCCGUCAAGAAUGACGUCACCAAUCCGGCCACGAUCAAUGGGAACUCUUUCAUAGAUUCCACUCCUCGGGAUUCCUCAGAGGAGAUCACUUUUUUCGAUUCAAGGGGGUGGCUUGAUUCUGACUGUGAAGAUGAUUUCAUGAGCGUUGAUGGUGAAUUUACGCCGUCGCGAGGAACAACACCGGUGCAUCACAAAUUCUCUGACAAAACUCCUAAAGCAGAUGAGAAAAAACAUGAAGAGCCGUCUCCAACAGACAACAAGAAGAGACUCCUCGAACUCUUCAAAGAGACGCAGGAUCAAGAUGAGGAUGAAGGAGAGGAUGACGUGGCGGAAAGCAAAGCAAGAGCAUGUCUCUGGCUAAGAACACCGGUCAGAUCUUCUGCACCGGCGACUCCUUAUAAUAAUAAUAAUGAUACAGAAAGACAACAACUCAAGAGGGUGAAAUCGUCGGCUCAAGGCAGCUGCGUUCUGCGUUUGGUUUCUUGUAGCAGUUUCACUGAGCGGCGACGGAAGAUGAUGAAUCAUACUCCCGUUCACGUCCAACGCUAAGCCCCCCCCCCCCCUAAAAAACACUAUACAUUUUAGUUUCUUAAUUUGUCCCCCUAGUUUUUUUUCAAACGCUCGGACAAUGUUCUUUUCACAGCUCAUAAUGCCUCCUAUCACAUUUGCAACGCACUAUUUUCUCUGUUACUUUCUCUAUUUACUUAAUUAUAUAAAAAAUAACUAAACUUGAUUUUUUUA